AUGGCGAUUAAAUUCGGUGAGCGGCCUGUCUGGCGGUCAACAUCCGACACCAUCAACAGCAAGGUGUUCAUUGCAAUUGUCAAGGAUGCUUUCGGCUACAACGGCAUAAGUCGGCGCCGAAUGGAUACUGUAAUUUUGCAGGACAAUGCACCUGUCCACCGCUCUAAAGAGGUACGAAUUUGAUGCCGCUUGCAAACAUAAUCUAACAUUUUAGACAACAACCACGCUCUCCGCAAUUGGCCUCCAAUCCAUUUUCAUCCCUGCCAACAGUCCCGACCUUAAUCCAAUCGAAAAUCUUUUUGGAAUAGUCAAAAGAAAUUGGCACAAAGCUAAGAAGACUCUUUCAAUGCAGGAAAAAUUGGAUUUCAUACUCAAUAAUUACAUUUUACAAUCCACCGUAGAUAACCUUGUCAUUUCUAUGUCGGACAGACUUUCUGCUGUUAUUAAUUCGAAUGGACAAUCUACAAAGUACUAAUUUUUUGUAUCUGUUUCUGUCCUUAAUUAUUUUUGACCUUUUAUGCGCCCUCCUCCUUUAUACGUCCUCAUACGUAGCCUUUAUUAACUUAGUUGUAAUAUAGGCGUUUCUCGAAAAUGUGACUUUUGUCGAAAAUUAUUUAUUUUUAUCUCAGUAAAUAAUAUUUUCUUAACCAAACUUUGCUUUAUUUCUUUGGCACAUCGUUUAUUUUCCGCUAUCAGACUUUGGGAGCCGUAGUGUUUACCAAUUUUGCGUUAAAGGCGUUAACCUGUGUUAAUUCGUGACAUUUCAUGAGUUAGCACAGGUACUGUAUAUCUGUAGACUGCGCAGUCGAAGUUACGCAUAAAAUCCCAAACCUCGGACUUCUGUUCUAACAUUGCUUCUUACGCGUAGUCCGACCGCUACGUUGCAUUAAAAUCAAAACGUACCGGAGUUCUCUCCAAUGAAGGUCAUGAUCUUUUUAGCAUCCUCCUGGGUCACCUUAUCCAGAAGUUUCGAAAGGAGUUGAUGGUAGACAUUUGGAGCAAAUUUUAGCAGAGCGCCAAGCAAUGCUAAUACCAGAAAAGCAGCCUACAUGUCGAUUCACAAAAAUAGGAAUUAGUUCGUGGUAAAAUUUUGCGUGCCAAGCAUGCUAUUUGAAAAGCCUGUCAGUAGAUAAUCUGCAUUAACUAGCGCAAAAACGUCAGCAUAAAUCCUGGUCAUGUUAUUUAAGAAGAUGAAGCUGGUCCUCGGAAAUGCUUAGUUUUCUUAAAUCACACUAAGGAAUGUGGAGAAAAGCUACAAUAACUUAAGCAGCAGGUAGAUAACGUAUGAAUGAGCUACAGAACUGACAUUAAAAAGCUUAGUGUCGUACUUUAUACUUUCAUAAAGCUUUCGAAUUUAUACAAUUCGUGGGCUUUUCACUCGAAUACCUUCGUUUUUAUAAAAAAAACAACAUUGAUUGAAUGCAUCGUUCAUAGUAAUAGUAAAAUACGUACGGCAAGGACUCCGUUGAUUGUCGUAAUGACACAUUUUAAAAGUGAUCGGACGAGACAGCACAUAUUGCGGCGGCAACUCUUUUCUGAGGAAAUAAAUGCAAAAUGCUUUAAAAAAAGUUCAGUCAGUUAGAAUUGUUAAGAAGAAGACUUGCUAAUUAAUUUUAGGGUCCGGCAAACGUACUAUAAUCGUUCAAUGUACCUGGAGGUUUUUGUUGCGAUAAUCAGCAGUUAAUCGUUCUCAAUGACAGUCGAACGAAAAACCGACAUAUUUAGGUGAGGGUUGAUCACACCCACACUCCCAAACACACACACGCAGAUCAAACGCAACUAGAGAUUUUCACAGACGCACAUAAUUGGUGUGCGUUUAGUUCGAUGGUUUCACAUAACGCAAGAACCAAAGAGCAGCGAUCGUGCCGAUGACGCAAUAAAAGUUCAGUACUCGGUUGGUUAAUUGCGUACUUCUCAAGAUACCUCCUCAGGAUAAUCAUAGGCCACAAGCAACCCAUUCAGAGUCUGAAUCUAUAACAUUUGAAGCUAAUUAUAAUUUGAAGGGUUAUGUAACCCGUCUGUAAGUAAAUCCUCCUAUGGGUUGUCAAUGCACUAGAAUUUCCAGUAAUGAUUUAGUGCCUUCAAUAUAUUACUCAGAUGCCCAUCCAGUACUUGCACUACAGUGAGUGACCGAUCUUAUGAAAUGUUGUCUGGAAAUCGGAUACUAUUUGAUUAGGAAGGAUUACUUAAGCGUGGUGGCAAAACUGAUCUUCUUGCGGCAUAACUCCAUAACAUUUCGCACUAGACAGGACGUCGACUUUUGAAUUCACGACUUUUAAAUCUCCCGUAAAAACUGUAUUCGGUAAUAAAUGACUACUUAAAUAGCAUGCACUUUUCACAUUGAUUUUCGAUGGUCCGGCAAAUUCAAAUAUAUUUUUAGAAACCACAAACAAAAAUAUGCUUUCUUUCAGUCGUUUGAUAGAGAAUCACGACGUCUUUAUAUUUUAUGCUCGAAAAAGGGAUAAAAUUAGGUUGUGAAAAAGUUUCUAAUUAUGAGAUUAUUCAAGGCCGUGCAAUGUCAAUUCAUACAGAAUCGUACCUGUCCGUUUACUAAUGCUCCUCAUGAAAUUUACAACACAGUCCGGAUCCAUUGCAGAAUUUUAUGGAUCCUAUAUGGUGUCAUUUUAAAGGCAUAGGAGACUAUGUGAUUUUCUUUACGCGAAACGCAUGCACCUUGUAGACUGAAAUCAAUUAGUGCUAAUGCAAUGGCUGAUCAGGCUCCAAAUUAUUCAAAUUAUUCAAAACCCAAUUAUACUCUUUUUGGAGUAUAAAAUAAAGAGACGAUGUUAUUCUUUAUCAAGCGACUGAAAAAAGCGUACUUUUUUCGGGGUUUCUAUAAAAUAUAUUUGAAUUUUCAAGACCAUCGAAAAUCAUUGUAAAAAAGGCAUGCUACUUAAGCAGUCAUAUUUUUACCGAGUACGGUUUCUACAGAAGAUUAACAUGUGGGGCAUUCAGAAGCUGACAUCCUGCCGAGUCCGAAAUAUAUUAGGACUAUGUCCCAUGAUAAUGGAUGUUUCAACCCGCCUAAGUAAGCCUUCCUAAUCGAAAACACAUUUCAGAAUUACAGCCAACAUUUCAUGAGAUUGGCCAAUCACUGUAGAUUAAUGCACACGCGCAUUUCGCACAAAUGAUGGUACGGGAUGUGCCCAAUAACAAAUAUCAGCCUCGUUAGAUCGGAGUGGUGACUUUAGAGUGAAUUACUUAUAGUGAGGCAGGCUUUCGCAGCAUCGUCCGCACCCUUAUAUACGCUCUCGACUUGUCCUAAUCAAACCGACUGGGAAUGAGAUUUGAAGUAAACCACAAACACACAGCUUAGCCCAUAAGGCUCCAUAGGGGCCAGGCUCGGACCUCAUUUAAGUAAGAAUGGCAUUCGCUCAGCAGUAUUGCUGCCAUAACAAAGUCUGAGUGCUCGAUGGAUGGCCUCUUAUUCAUAUGGCUCCAUUCUCCGGCAGCACAUGGUAAUAAGUACCACCGGGUGAUGCAAAAGUUCGAUCGUUGAUUCCGAUGACGUCCACCGUGUCCUCCACAACAAGGUGAGGCAGGGACGGUGACUUGCGCGUGAAUUAGUUUAUAGUGAAUGUAGACUUGUGCUGUAUCUACCGCACUUUUCCUCCCCACUCCGCACCGGAACCCGGUGUCAAGACAGAGUCGAGGAGACCGGAGGCGGGGGAGGGCGCAGUUGGCUGACACGGUCCAGCCCGCACCUAGAUGCGCCAACACGUCCCCUCGUCUACAACAUACACUUGAUCAGGACUUUUCAACAACAGAAACAACACCCCAACAGUUGGUAGAAGACCGAGGAUAAUGACUAGGCAGCCAGGCCCACCACCUUUAUGCCCAAUGAGAGCGCAAGCGCAUCUGUGGGCAGGGAUCCAGUUGGUGGGGAAUUGCCAGCGCAUACCAGGCUGCGAGGGCCGUAUUUUGCUGAUCAUAGCAUAGCACACUCUUUCAGGCCUUUUGACAAUCGGGUGAUGUUGGUGACAAUGCCUUGUAUUCCAGGAGACUUAAGGUUUGGGUUAGGAUUAAUUUUGAAAUAAGGACAUGGAAAAUAGGGGUUCGUUCUGGGAGUUAGCGCAAGACCGUUUGUAUCACUAGGCGGGCUUUCCGAUUCCCAUGUGAUUCGGACAGCGACAUAUAAAAGAUCCCUACCCGUCUCUUCAUUAACACGCCGGUGAAUGAUGCUUGGAUUACUCUAACGGCUUCUCCUUUGCUGGGUAGUCAUUAUUGUAGGAGCCUUAGUUCUGCAUACCGUUGGUAUUUGCAGACUGCUCUAAUUGAUUGCUUAGUCUGGAGUGGCGGUAUCUGAAAACCAGGGGUGGAUCCGGGUUAAAGAUGGAGACACGAUCUCUGGAACAAGAGCUUCAUUAGUCUGACGUUUCGGAUUCCUGCUCGAAUCCAUCAUCAGAGACAACAGUAGAUACGGGUGCUUCAUGCACAAGGGGCUGCAGUACUUAUAGGAAGUAGUCGUCAUCCUACCGCAUAUCUAUGAAUAUUCACGGCUCCCUCUUCCUCAGGGGUCGUUGCAGUUGGUGUGCUAAUUGUUUGAGGGCCGACAUUGGAGUCGUUAAUUGCUGCAAUUUCAUCACGUGCGUUAGAUGUUGGUGUGAUGAUGGCUCGACCACCUGACGCACCAACCCUGGAGUUGGGAAAAGUGUCAACUUGUGCGCUCCCUGUGUGACCAAUUACUCCGCUUAGGCGGUCUCAGUAUGAAAGGGGAAGGUUAUUGCACUUGUUAAUGGACCGGGGUCAGUACACCAUGAUUCAAGUAGCUCCCGGCUCACGCGGUUGACACCUCUUGCAAGAAUUUUGGCCUCGUCGAAUUUGAAUGUGCGGCCGGAUCUCAUCGAACGAGCCACAACUUCAGAGCUGGCGUCAUUUCUCCGCACGGCUGCAGCGUGUUCGGCCAUUCUCGUUCGGAGCUGUCUUCCGGUUUCUCCGAACUGGCUGUCCUUUUACAGUCUCCGCUUGCUUGCUUAAUCAUCAAUAUACAGUAGAUGUGCUAACUCAUGAAAUGUCAUGGUCGACAUUCGCGCCGUUAAUUGCUGGUGUUGGGAAAAGUGUUCAUUUGUGCGCUCCCCGCGUGACUAAUUAAUCCGCCUAGGCGAAGUCUCAGCACCGAGUAUCGAAAGGGAAGGUCACUGCACUUGUUAAUUGACGGGGGGACAGUAAACUAUGAUUCAGGUAACUCCCGACUCCGCAAUUUCUCCAAAGCAACUACGUCGGAGAAACCGGAAGACGGAUCCGAACGAGAAUGGCCGAACACGCUACAGUGGUGCGGAGAAAUGACGCCAACUCUCAAGUUGCGGCUCAUUCGAAGAGAUGCAUGCCACACACUCAAAUUCGACGAGGCCGAAAUUCUCAUAAGAGGUGACAACCGCGUGAGCCGGGAGCUACUCGAAUCAUGGUUUACUGGCCCCCGUCCAUUAACAAGUGCACUGACCUACCCCUUCGAUACUCGGUGCUGAGACUUUGCCUAGGCGGAGUAAUUAGCCACGCGGGUAGCGCACAAGUGAACACUUUUCCCAACACCAGUGUCGGUGGAUCAGCUGGUCGGGCAAUCAUCACACCAAUACCCAACGCACGUGAUGAAAUUGUAGCAAUUACGAAGCGAAUGCCGGCCAUCAAACAAUUAGCACACCAACUGCAACGAUCGCUGAUUAACGGAGGGGGGAGUCGCGAAUAUUUAUAGGUAUGCGGUAGGAUGACGACUACUUCCUAUAAGUACUGUGGCCCCCUGUGCAUGAAUCAUCCGUAUCUGCUUUUGUCUCUGAUGAUUUGUUUAAGCAGGAAUCCUUAACUUCAGUCUAAUAAAGCUAUUGUCCCAGCGAUCGUGUUUCCUUCUUAAAGACUGCUUUCUGGGACUCGUCUCUUCGCUUCUAUUGGUAGUUCUGGGUGUCAAAGCUGUUGACGAUACUGACAUCGAGGACGCCAUUAAUGUCUUAUGCCCUGCCAACUUCACCUUGAUGGAUUCAAAUAUACUAACAUGAGCUGGUAUGCCUAAGGGUUGAUGGCAGGAUGUCGGCCGGCGUUGGAUGCUGGUGUCUGAGUCCUCAGUAUCUCUCUGGUUGUAAUGUCUUUCGCUCUCUGCAGCAUACUGUCGCCCAUGACGGCAUAUUUGCUAUUUAUUCAACGUCGUACCAUUAGUGGAGGAGUGUCCAUUCGUUCUGCUGUCGUAGUUGGCAUCCCACUUGCAGCCAAAGAGACAGUGCUUGCUUCAUGCUAACUGCAUCUAAUUCGUUAAACUGCACGUGACCCCCAACUUUUUUGGGUUGGAUACCUCCAGAAAGGAGGGGGAAUCAUGACGUAAACAUGCGCGGAGAAACCUCUGUGGGUGGCAAUAUAAAUCCUAAGGCUUGCGUUGACGAGAUGUAGUUUAGUGGCCCCACUCCCAGCGCCUGUCAUAACGCUGGGACCCUCCUGACUGUUUGCAAGUGCGCGCCAGGACUGUUGGGCAUUCGCCUACUCAGCUCUCCAUCUGGCCAAUCAGAUUCAAGGUCGAGUCAGACGUGCCCUGGCUCAAGACACAGUGACGCAUUUCCUGGCACACACACUUGAGACGCCACUCUCCCAGAACCGGAGCACUUUCUCCUGGCUGCCAACCCUUUCCGAUCCCCUCUCAAUUUGCCCCGUACAGAAUAUGAAGCCCUCCUAUCUAGCACAAAUCGUCUACUUAUGCGCAGAUACACCCUUUUCUUCUGCUGUCUCUGAUAAUGGAUUCAAGUGAGAAUUCGAACCGUCAGGCGAAUAAAGACCUUGUUCCAGCGAUCGCUUCUUCUUCUGAUCACCAGUCGUCUCUUUCCAUUUGGUACCGGGCCUGGGGGUAGUGGUAUCCAGGGUCACACUCGCGACUUAGACCUCCUCGAUAGAAGAAAUAAAGUCACGCAAUCGCCUAUUUAGAAGUAAUUUUCCGCAGUUACAGUCAACUCCGCACCUCGUACUCAUGGUUUCAGUACAACUUUAGUGACCAAUGGUAGACCGUGAGGAGAAGAGCCACACAGCAGGACUCCAGCAUUGAUUAACACGGAUUUGACAGAAGUCGGAUUUGGACCGUUUUAACCGGUAAUUACCGAUUUGCCGAGUCCUAGAACACUGUCACAGUCACUUAUAACAAACCCCUGUCAGUUCUGUCGAUCUUAGUGUAGCUUUUGCCUGUUCCUCUUAGACUUUGGAACGGUCAUACAAACUUCGUUAUAGUAUUACCGACAAAGACAAGGGAGACUGGAAUGGCCAUUUCUGGCUUAUUAGCCGUCGUCAGCCAGCCAUACCCAAGCCCGAAGUGUGGAACACCCGAGCCUCGAACUCGCGACCUGUUGGUUUAGAAGUCAACGCCUCUACUCACCGGGCCACGAGCCCGUUGCCUUGUCGGCCUUGGCCUUCGUUAUUUAUACUUGGAGAGGCAUAUACAAAUUCGUCGGCGUUUUGAGUAAACCAAGGCCAGAAUGGGCGAUGGCGGCCGGGAACUGAAGGCUACCUGACAGAUCGACCUAUGAUACCGCACGAGGUGUCAAUAGUGAGACAGGUAGACUGAUGCCACUGGUUUGGACCUACUUUACUUAAGUCAGCCAACCACAGUCCUGAAAAUCCUCACAGAACAUCUGUAUCAUUCCCUCGGUAUCUCUACCGUUUCACCUCUGAUUGCAGGGCUUAACAGAGUUCGGUUGUUGGAGAUUUGCCUGUUUGUGACCUCUGUCAUUCAUUCGGAACUUGCCUGCUGUGGGAAACUAACGGGAAAGUGUGCGCAUGUGAACGUAUGCAGCAAUCUAAAGAUCUGAAUUGACGUAGCGUAGGCUCAUUAAUUAGAGAUUGUGGUCGCCGAGAGGUUAUGUGUGGUGUGGUUAAUGCAUAAAAAACCUGCAACGUUUCUGUAUCUAGCUGCCCGGAUUUAUGCCAUCACGUGUGAUUUUGUCACGGAAAGCAUUACGGGGGCGACAGUCAAUGUGAAUGACCUCAGUGUGUGAUACCUUUGAUGUCACACCCAGCGUCUAACAGAGGCAUGUUCAUUCUCCAAAUCUCUUUAAACGCAUCACUGAAUUGGCUCAAGCACAUGCUCCGACAGAUGACUCAAAUGUUGUGGUGCCCGACGACUUCCAACGGCGAAUAGCGCGUGAAUUAAAUAAUAUUAAUGGUGGACCUGCGCAAUGUCAACCGCGCUCUAUUCUCCUGGAACCGGUGUGAAGACAGAGUCGUGAAGAUCGGGUGCAGGAGAGGGCACAGGGAGCUGGCGCAACCAGACCCGCACCUUGGCGUACUACCAUACCCCUGGUUCAGAACAAACCCUUGAUCUGGUUUUUAACCAACAACAACCCCACAGAAGACGAAGAUGCGAUCACAGGAACAAGUCAUUUAUUGGCCUGACGUUUCGGAUUCUCACUCGAAUCUAUCAUCAGAGACAUUCGCAGAUAAAGGUGAUGGUGGCACAAGGAGUGCAGCAUGUAUAGCACAUGGCUGCCGCGGGACCAUAUGUGCAAUGUAAUUAACAGCUCUCGCCAUCACCGCUGGAGUCGCAAUUGAUGCGGUAGUGGCUUGUCAGUCCGAGUUCGAGUCGCUAAUGGCCGUGAUUUUGUCAUCCGUGCUGGAAGCUGGUGUGACGGUUGCUCGGCAAAUUGGCUCACUGUCACUGGAAUAAUUGCUCGCCCGCGCCCUCCACACCAGACUGAUUUCCCUGCCCCGGGGAAAAUAUCCGCACGAAAUAUGGUACCGGGAGGUCAUUGUGCUUGUUGAUGAAUUGGAGGCCUGUGAACCAUGACCAGAGAAGCUCGCGGCUAACGCAGUUGUCACCCCUUGCGAGGAUUUCGGCCCCAUGAAACUUGAAAAUAUGGCUGGGUCUCGUCGAAUGUGCCGCCACCUGAGAACUAGCGUCUCCACGCCUCACUGUUGCUGCGUGCUCGGCAAUUCGCCUACGGAGUAAUCUCCCAGUUUUUCCGACAUAGUUGCUUUGUCCGCAACUACACCAGAUCCGGUAAACGACUCCUGACGUUUCCUGCCGUGACAGUGGGUCUUUCGGCCUCAUAACUUGGCGCCUGAUGGUUGCUUCCGGCCUGUGUGAAACCCCAACUCCAAGUGGAAUGAAAAGACGACUGACGGCUUCCGAGACGUUUUUCAUAUACGGAAGAGCCUGCCAAAAUUUGGGGCCGGUUGGACUUGGUCUCUGGUGUUGUUUUCGUAUGCACUGGUCGCCAAAGUUGCGCAGGUAACCAUUGAAUCGCAUUACCCGUCGAAGAUAUUGGAAUUCGGCAACCUUGUCUUCCGGUUCACUACAGUGCGUCUCAACGCGCCCUUAUAUGGUCCCUACGCAACUGCGUUUGUGACUGAUCGGGUGGUUGCUGUUGAAGUUCAGUAUCUGCGUUGCAUUUGUCGCUUUCCUGAACACUUUGGUUUUCAUGCCAUCACAAUCUUUGCGGCAGACGAGGACAUCCAGGAAGGCCAGCUGGUUAUUUUCCUCCUCCUCCUCCUGCUCCUCCUCCUGCUCCUCCUACUCCUCCUCCUCCUCCUCCUCCCCUCCCCCUCCCACUCCCCCUCCCCCUCCCCCUCCUUCUCCUCGAUCGUAAAUUGA